AUGGAGUGCCUCGAUGCCUAUGUUCUGUCGCCCGGCCCACUGAUAGUUACUUUGUUGACUCUCGCUUUCCUGGUCAAUCAAGCAUGGCCGCUUUUUUCCCGGCAAAAGAAAAACUAUCAGCUGUCUGAUAGUAAAGUCAUAAAUGAUGACCACAACAACUUGACAGUGUCUAAGGAGCCGGAAGUCCCUGGGGGAUGGUGGUCUGGUCGUGAUGUCUUUGAGUUGGAACGGCGCGCUCUCUUCAGCAAAUCCUGGCUUUAUCUGGCUCACCGUACCCAGUUCAGCAAGCCUGGCGCGUACCAGUCUUUUGACAUCGCUGGUUUCCCCAUCUUUUUGAUCCGCGGCAAGGAUGAUAAGAUCCGCGCGUUCCAUAAUGUGUGCCGCCACCGUGCUUAUACCAUCACCAGAAAAGAGACAGGUACAUCUACCGUGCUUGGCUGCCGGUACCAUGGUUGGAGCUAUGAUACUACGGGCCGUCUAGUCAAGGCACCCCAGUUUGACAAUAUCCCUGAGUUUGAUAAGUCUGAGAACAGUCUUUUCGAAAUCCAUGCAUAUACUAGUAACCAUGGAUGGGUCUUCGUGAAUCUUGAUGCAGGAGAGCCCCCUCACUUCCCCAAAUCUACUAUCUUGGCUUUGGAUGAGUUUGUGCAAGCUUCUGGGCUUGGUUCGAAAUCGGAAUGGAUCACCGGACAGACACUAGCUGGAUCGUUCAAUUGGAAAUCGGGUAUGAGUGCUCGUUACUUUGCAGACGUGACAGCUCAGCUGGAGAAACUCGUAUCGGCCGAGACGUCGCCUUCAAUGGCAGCCAAGUUUAUCCAGAUGAUUACACCGAAGAAGAGCCAAGCAGAAUGCCCCUUAUUCCCCGGUACCUUCCUAUACUCGUUUGCAAAUGCAGGUCUCUGGCUAUCACUGUCUUUCCUGCCCGCAUCCGAAAUGACUACCCAGGUCCGCUAUGAUCUAAUCAGUUUGUGCCCAAUGAUUGAUGCAAAUAAGAAUGCCCUUACCACUGCCGUUGGCGGAUGCAUCCAGGAUUUCGUGCAGUACAUUGAGGCGGAUUUCCGGUAUAUUGCAGAAAGGCCAGCUGAGAGGUCUCCAAAUACACGCCACAUUUUGCAUCAGCUGCAAGAACACGCAAAACUGGAAAGGAAGAGCGGUGGUCAAAUCCUCCCAGCUAUGCGACAGCCCAAAGGGAGUGCCCUUUUCCAACAAGCCGAGCAGCUUUGCAAAGAUAUCGACUGUGUAGCUCCCGGCUCCGGCCCUGGACUUACCCCGGGUGGACUGGACUGGUAG